AUGGAUUCCUUAGAUAUUAACUCAAAGAAAUCACUCCACAUUCGCUCGAAUAGCUUACCCUCAAGGCAACAUCCAAUUGUUGCCCAAGUUGAAGAAAAUUUGUGCAGAUUGAAGUCCUCUGAGGCCACUUCUUCAACUUUUUCUUUAUGCUACAGACUCAACAACCUUCAAGAUUUGCACGAUUCGAUCAAUAAGUUACUUCUUCUUCCAAGCACCCAGCAAACUCUUGUUCAUGAGAGUGGUAACAAAUGGGCUGAUGACUUGCUAGAAGGAUCUCUAAGGCUAUUAGAUUUGUGUGAUAUUGCUAAGGAUGCAUUGUUGCAGACACGGGAAUGUAUACACGAACUUGAAUCAGAUUUGCGCAGAAGAAGAAGUGAAAAAAUUAUCACAAGUGAUGUUCAGAAAUGCUUGAAAUCUAGGAAAAUGAUAAAGAAGACAGUCCAGAAGGCCUUGAAGGGAAUCAAAAUCAGUUCUCAAAAGAGUGAAGAAAGCUCAGCAACCGUUAGCUUGUUAAAGGAAGUAGAAGCAAUCACAUAUAGCACUGUUGAAUCGGUAAUGUCCAAUGUAGUAGGACCAAAGUUGCCAUCGAAGUUCAGUCCAUGGUCUUUGGUUUCAAAGCUGGUACAAUCCAAAAGAGUUGCCAGCCAUGAUGAAGAUGCAAAUGCAAAUGAGGUAGAAAUGGUGGGUGCCACACUAAAUUCAAUCGCCAGCCACACAACAGAUAAAUCCUUCAACUUGCAGGACUUGCUGAGGAAAUCUGAGUCAAGUAUUCAAGAUUUCGAAGAAGAUCUCGAGAGUCUAUAUAGACACCUUAUAAAAAAUAGAGUCUCCCUUCUCAACAUCCUAAAUAACUAA